CUGUAUUUAAAGACUUGGUUCUUUCUUCAUUUUUUCAUUUUAUAUUCAUUUACUAACAUUUUUCUUUUAUUUUCCACUGGUGGGGUUCGAACCCUCGUUACUAAACUGAGAAUUAUCCCGCUACACUAAAAAGUACAAUUGUUGUUUUAUAGUUAGUCGUAAACUUAAAAGCGCGCAAACUUAAGUGUGUGAAAUAAAAUUUUCUGCUAGUAAAAAUGUUUUUCUAAGCCCUCCCACUUUGUAAAAUUUAUUUCAACUUUAAUUAACAUUAAAAACCCUUUAUUUUUAUUUUUUAAAGUGUCAGCAAAACAAAUAAGAGAUUCUGGUUCUUCCCCACAAUUUAUUCCAUUUUCUCCUAACAACAGCAACAAUUCAACAACAAAAAUAAUAAAUAUUCGUCCAAUGUCCAAUUCAACUCCAUCAGCUACAACAACUACUGGUUAUAAUUCGUCUCCUUCAUUAUCUCCACAAAGAAAAGUUUCACGAUCAGCACGUUUGUGCCAUUCAUUUAGACGAACAUUGAGACGUAACAGUCCUGGAGGGAAGAAGGCGUUGGCACAAACAGAUUCAAAUGCAUCCGCACCGACCGCUCUUUUGUCUUCAUUGGGAGAGCAACAACAACUACUAAAUUCAGAUGUAAAUAAAGGCUCUCAAAACUCAGUUCUAAAUGCAGUAAUGAAUGCAAGAACGUCAAGUUUUUCUCAACUACAACAAAAGGAAUCCCGCCUUGCCUCUUCUGAAGUUUCAAAAAAAGACGAUUCUGUUGAACAAACACCGGAGAAGAAGCAACAACAAAAACAACAAGCUGAUGAUAAUCGUCGCAACAGUUCCUCGUCUCCGCUGUCUCGUUUGUUUUUUAAUUUUAAUUUUUAAAUAUUUUUUUUUAAUUUUGGGGGUACGGGAAAAUUUUUAAAGUUUUGAGCAUCCAUUUCAAAAUUUUCUUUAUUGGUCUUCUCCGUUUUUUAUUCGCGCAACUAUUUUUAGCGCAUUUAUUUCUCAUCUCUUUCGCUCAUCUCUUCCACUUUUCUUCUACAAAAUUUAUUUUUAAAUUUUUUCUAAACAUUUUUUCAUUCUCUCCUCUUAAUUUUUAUUCAUUGCUUUUAUUAU